AUGGCUCCAUAUGAGGCACUGUAUGGGCAAAGGUGUCAGACUCCAACAUGUUGGACGGAGUUGGGCAAACAAAGAGUUUUGGGCCCUGAGUUAGUAGCCGAUACUGAGGAUAAGGUGUUAAGGUUUGGACAUAAAGGAAAGCUAAGCACAAGGUUCAUUAGGCCAUAUCGGGUUGCAAGGCGGAUUGGGCCAGUCGCUUAUCAGCUGGAAUUACCUCCUGAACUAGGCCAAAUCCAUGACCUAUUCCAUGUUUCUAUGCUGAGACGGUAUCGCUCAGAUCCUUCCCAUGCCAUGGCGAUUGAAGAAAUUGAGGUCAGACCAAACCUAACUUUCAAGGAAGAGCCCAUACAAAUAAUUGGUCGUGAUGUUAAGGUACUGAGAAGGAAGUCCGUUCCAUUAGUCAAAGUGCUUUGGCGUAAUCACAGGGUUGAGGAGGCUACUUGGCAACUUGAGGAAACGAUGCGACAUCAACAUCCUCAAUGGUUUGAAUCAAGUGAAUUUUGA